GUUCACUAUGAGUUCAGGAUUUAUAUCAGAAGCUGAAAUUGCAGAACAGCGAAGAAUACGACAAGAAGAAUGGGAACGUGUACGAACAGCAGAUCAACCAUUAGAAGCUCCAGAAGAACCAUAUGAUCCACGAUCUUUGUAUGAACGAUUACAGGAACAAAAGAAUAAAAGAGAUGCAGAAUAUGAAGAAGCACAUAAGUUGAAAAAUAUGAUAAAAGGUUUAGACGAUGAUGAAGUGGAAUUUUUGGAUUUGGUGGAUAGAACAAAAUUAGAGGAAGAGCGUAAAAAAAAUCUUGAAGAAGAGAAAGAAAUGCGAGAUUUUAAAGCUGCUGUGGCUUCAUUACAAGAAAAAACCUUGAAUGAAAAAUUAAAACAAGAAUUAAAAAAUCCUCAAAUUGUAAAUAAAAAUAUUUCUUCUGGAAGUCGUACUUCACAAUUAAAAUUAUUAGCUGGUGUUGUUGUUAAACGCCCUGAAAAACAAAAAGAAGAUCUUACACGGGGUGUUAAGAGAAAGUUAUCUGAUGAAAGCAAAGAUACAUCAAAAAAAGAAGAUUGUGAAAUAAAUGAACAGACAGCUGUUGAAUGUGAAUCCACAAUCAAAGAUGAUACUUUAGAACAUAAAAAUAUAACCAGUGAAACAGGAGGUAUGAAAUGCAUUGGAAUUUUGCCUGGUCUUGGCUCCUACGAAGAUUCUAGCGAUAGUGAAUGUAGUUCAGAUACAGAUCAAGAUCCGGAACCAAAUCAUUCUAAAUACGAUUUAUUAGGUCGAAAAAUAAAACUUUUAAAAGAUAAAGAAAAAAGCUGAAUGCGAAGUAUUUGUAAAAGCCUUCUAUACAUAGCGCCAGAAACAGACUGAGAGUGGUACAUGAUCACAGACGAAGUAUAUGAACUUCUGUGUCCUUACUAUAUAACAUGUCACAUAGGUUUUUGUACCUGUUUCUGGCUGAUUAUCUGUUCUGUUACUACUUGUUAUGGUUUUCGAGAAAAUUCAUUUAAUGCUGAAAUUUGUUUGAUGUUAUCGAAGAUAAAGUGAAAUUUAUUGUUAUAUACAUAUAUAUAUAAUUGUUAUGAAAAUAAAUUCGAUAAAAGAAAAAGAUUUUUACAUCUUUUGUAUCUACUUUAAUAUUGAAAAUGCCAGCUGAUCAAAUACAAUAUUCUG